AUGUCAGAUCUGAUUAGAUGUCGUAGGUCGGUGACGACUACACCGAGUUCGGAGCCCCCGGCUCAGUCGGCAUCUGCUGCCACUGCUCCAGCACUGAUGGACCAACUGCCAGGGGUGUCCCAGGCGCCUGCGUCAUCAGCUUCAUCAGUGGCGCAACCUAUUAGCGGUAGGUGGUGGCAUCGGCCCGCAAGCACCACCGACAUGACGUUGCCUUGGCGUCACAGCCAGCUGAAGACGACGAAGGUCACCCGAGUGACCAACAGUCGUAUCAGCAUCAGAUACGACGAGCGCCAUUGGGCUGCACCGACAGCGGAGUUGCAUAGCUCCUUGGCCCACGACAUUGGGCACAUCGUUCGGACCCAUUGCCCAAUGCACUGGAAGUCUUGGAAGGUCUUGCCUGACGAGAUCAAGAUGGAGGUUCGCGGCCAGUUGUCGACGAACUAUAACUUAGAGGACCUCAACGAGGAGUCUUUGGCGUACGUCAACAGACUCUUCGGUGAGAGGUACAAGCAGUGGAAGAGUGACUUGCACCACCAUUUUCAGGCGUUUGAUGAUUUGGAAGUCGCUCUUCGGGAGGGUUGCCCGGAGGAGCUUGAGGGGCGGGAGGAUAGUUGGGCAUGGCUCUGCACUCAUUUUCAGGCGCCCGAUUAUGUGGUAUUUGUUUAA